AUGUGGGCGCGCUCUGUCUCGACCUUUUAUAACUUGGAAGUCGUCAACACCUUCGUACACCGGGCAGGGCAGGCGCCGCUAUCUAUCGACAUGGACGUCAUGCAUAACCACGCAGAUUGGAUGCCACAACGGGACUCUGUCAGAGACAGACUGUUACAUCCUGAACUCCUCUCUAGGGCGUCCACCUUUGUAACAGGAGCUAUGAACACAUACAACCGCGCGUACUCGCCGUCUAUAAACACGACUCUCACGUCAACCCGGUUUUUCCUACUUAAAGACCUCAGUGUCUUCAUUCCGCAUCGCCUGCACGUCGACGAGCCCUUCAAAGCUCCGCUUUUGCAACGCUUGUCUAUUCGGUCCGACGCCGGAGACAUGGCAUCGUGCCCGAUCUCCGCACGCGUUCUUACGACCAUGUUCAACGACGCGUGUUAUCUAUCUAGCGUGUCGCUGCGUCGCUGCGUGGAUACUACGAGGCGCAGCGUGAAUUAUACGCGCCGAUCGCUGCAGUACUUGUCGUUAGGCUCCUUCGACGAGAGCCUGGUCGACGUCAUGAGUCGUCAAUUUCAGGUCGAAGACGAGUCGCACGUCCUUAUCGAGCUGUAUGGCGUGAGAGAUCUAUCUAUCGCUCUGGACAGCUUGACGACCGCGUUCGGUGCGCGUGGAUCUUCCAUCGAUAGCGUCGAGAUACGAUAUGACAAUGACUUCGCUGCGAGUGAAGAUCGUAGCUCGCCGGCCUACAGUGACGAGUUCUUCGCCUUUCGCGCGAGCUUUCAAUCUGGCCUACAGAUCAUCCUCCGCUAUGAUAUCGCACGUCCUACGUGGACGUGGGAGGCGUUAGCUCAUCUACUCCCAUGCGAAAACGCGCGACAUCUCGGGAUAACAAAGGGACGUUGUUCGGAUCCAAGGGAGCCACCUGCCGACUUGGCUCAAUUCGUCGCCGGCAUGCAUAAAGUUCAUAGUCUACUUGCGACCGACCGCGAAUACUUUGACAUCGUCACCAAGUUGCCGGCCGACAACCCGCUUGCGGUUGUAACCUUCCACUUUCGCGCAAUGGAGUUUGAGGACCUAGUCUUCUUGUGGCACUGGGUGCGGAGCAGGCGCGCAUCCCACCCGUUCCACUUGCACUUGAAAGGUAGUGCCAUAGAAGGGGAUCCCGAUGACUAUCGAUAUGACACUUGGUUUAUGGAGGCACCAACAUUAGCUGCACUUGGGACUGUGUGCGUCCUGCACGACGAGCGCGAAUUCAAGUCUUCCCACUCCGUGCGUGUAUACCGAAAGUAG